GUGAUUUGAGUGCCAACUUACUUUAUAGUCUAGUCUAUGUAAAGAAAUUAUAAUGAAAAGAAAAAGACAGAUAAACGCAGUCUUUGUCUCAAAGUCAUGUUUUACUCUACUAUUUACUCUACUAUACUAUUUAAAUACUUUUGCUUGCUGAACAUGUAUGUUUUUUUAACCACUGCUUUUUUUUUUUUUUUUUUAACUUGUCUUCGGAUAAAGCCGUGUGUGCCCUGACAUCCACGCGUCUCCCUCCCGUGCUGAGCCUGUGUGCUAACCCCCGACUUGUCCACUGGAGGCGCUGCUCGAUCAGACAUGGGCCGGCUGAGGCCGUAGAUCCGCGGCAUGUAGAUGCGCUUUUCUCGCCGCUCUGUUUCUGUGUGGGGGCGUUUCGCUCAGCAGCGUCGCGUCUACCUACCGAGCUCCAGGAAUGGACUGACUUUACGGCUUCACUACUGCUGCCAAGUCCGCUCUGAUUCCCCAGCAGCCUUCGAUUCAAAGGAAAAGAAAACCCGAUAGUUUUAUACUUGAGAGAACGUUUUAGUUUUAAAUCGACACACCGUCUCAGCGGCAACACUGUUUUCUUUUUAUUCCGCUCGCGCGACGAAUUUGUUGUCGUUGAAUGAAACGGAAUUCAACUUAAACGAACCCGCAGACAUUUUGUUAUUUCCGAGAAUUACAUCGUUGUUUUUUUUGCCUUCACUCUGUCAUCAGUGUACAGAGAAGAGAGCGAACUGAAAGCUUUAAAGGCCAACACAAACCGCGAGAGGAAGAACGCACUGCCCUCCGCUCGCCAGUUACAUCCGAACGGCACGACGUGUCGGCGCGUGCGUGACCUUAUUCAUUUACACCAUACGCGCGGAGCUCGCGCCGCUGCCGCUCGUGCGUUAAGGCGGAGAGCUCGCGGCGGCGAUGAAUCAUUUUGACUGACAGCUCGUGAAGAAUUAGCUUAGCUUAGCCUGCGAGCGCCGCUGCUGGCUCCCUGCUCCCAGACACAGUGAAUACGGAGUCGGGACAGCUACAGCUGAGUGGCAUUGCAUCACCGAGGUAACAACAUUUUUACCUCGCUAACGACAGCAAAGUCCACCACUUAUAUCCGGCUGAAUUUUUUAUUUUUUAUUUAUUUUUUUAUUUUUUUGGAGCUGGGUCCGCUAGCUACCGUUAGCUAGUCUUCCUGCUAACGCUGGACAGCUCCUGUGUGUGCCUGGGCUAGCUGUGGACAAAGGACCAACGCAAAGGAAAAAAACAAACAAAACAAACACCGGCCACACAGUUAAUCGCGUUUGGGAAGGAAAUCAACAGCCAAGGAACUGACAUGAUGUUUCCACAAUCAAGACACUCAGCCUCAUCGCAGCAGCUGAAAUUCACAACCUCUGACUCCUGUGACCGGAUCAAGGAUGAGUUCCAGUUUCUCCAAGCACAGUACCACAGUUUGAAGCUUGAAUGUGACAAGUUGGCCAGUGAGAAGUCAGAGAUGCAGCGCCAUUAUAUCAUGUACUAUGAGAUGUCCUACGGGCUCAAUAUUGAGAUGCACAAACAGGCUGAGAUAGUGAAGAGAUUGAACGGGAUCUGUGCACAAGUCCUCCCCUACCUGUCUCAGGAGCACCAGCAGCAGGUCCUGGCAGCCAUAGAGAGGGCCAAGCAGGUCACCCCCCCAGAGAUGAACUCCAUCAUAAGGCAGCUCCAGGCUCACCAGCUGUCUCAGCUCCAGGGUCUAGCCCUGCCCAUGACCCCCCUGCCGCUGGGCCUGAGCCAGCCGACUCUCCCCGCUGUCACCACCUCUUCCGGUCUCUUCUCCCUCUCUUCUCUGCUGGCCUCCCAAGCCCAGCUGGCCAAGGAGGAAAAAGCAUCACGCGACGGUGUCGACAGCCACCGCGAGGAGGACGGCGACAAGUCUGAUUAGAUGGUGUCCCCAUUCAGCUCUGUCUUUAUCCAGAGACCUGAAUGCCCAGAUCUGCGCCCCCUUGGCCUUCAGCCUCUCCCCUGGUCUCCCUCUCUUUGACCUUACCUAACAUGGGCUUCAAUCCCAUCACCACAGCUCCAGCUUCAGACCCCUAACAGUCCCAUUAUUGGGAGAGCUUUGGCACCUGCCACCUAAUAUCUUCAUAUCUAUCAUACUUCGGUUGUAUCCACAUUUCUUUUUUAUCACCAUGAGACUGCCCCCUCCUUAUGUCUCUUGUGUCUUUUCCUGAAGCGUCGUCCCUUUUUCUUUUCUUUUCUUUUUUUUUUUUGGUAUGGGAUUAAGCUACAUUUCCAGUUUAUUUAUUUUUUAUCAGGACUAUUUUCUAUUUCGGUUCCUUCCUGCCUUCCUGUUGCUCUGUCUCUCACUCCUUAUUCCUGUUUAGUUUCUGAUUUUUUUCUCCCUUGCUCCCUCCCACUCUCCCCCAGCCUUUUGCCUCCGUUCUACGCAGGUCCUUGUUAGGCAGCACUGAUCUAUGAGACUGAAUGGUAGGUGUUAAAGCAGGCUAACUGUUAAACACAGGGAUUCAUUGGCAGGCUGUAAAACUUGUAAGACAUAACACAGGAUUCCUGCAGACUUCUAAGAUAAAGAUCUUAGAAAUCAACAGUGUUGAUAUUUCGUGGCGUUUCAGAUUGCAUGCUUCCAUUUUCUUCUAAAAGUGGGCUGUGAGUGCAUUGUUACACAUCACGAAAAUAUUGAAAUAGUGCCCUAACUGGUUAAAGAUACAAACUAAAGAGCUACACUCACGUCCACACCAAAAACUUGGACUAGAGGACGAAGAAGAAAGGUCCAGUUGACAAACUUAAGAUGUUGUCUACAAACAUUAAUGUACAGAGUGAAAAGCACCCUCUUAGAAUAAACAUCCUGUCAGACUAGAUAGCAAACCCUCCUUAGUAAGUAAUCCACCUUACUUGCCUGACCUUGUGAGGUAUGGUGGUUAAAUAAACCUAGCACCUUAAUUGAAAGGGAUCAUUAAACAGAAAUAAGGUAGAAAAGAGUUGAAUUCACUUCCCUUCUGGCCCCCUUCAACCACCUUUUUUAAUCUAUUAAUGUGCACUAAUAGAGCAAACACUGAGGGGAGAGAGUGUGCAUGGUGAGUGUUUGACAGCAGAGGGCAGCGUGUGUCUUUGAAGUAUCCUCCUCGCUGCUAUCAGACCUGAGGACGGUGACACAGUACAGGCUGUGUCGCAUGGGGAAUGGCUUAUUUAUCCACUCUGAGUGUACAAACCUAAUAUACAGACACUAGACUGUGACAUUAAUCUGCAGGCGGUCAGUCCCAGUAACAGUUGUGAUCAGUCCCUGAGAAAUGGUCUACUUUGCUCUCUGAGUAGUAGAUUAUGCAGGAACAGCUCUGUUCCAGCGUAAAGAAAAAAUAUGGUACAUUAUGAUUCAUACGCACAUACACAUCUGUCACGUAUCAGACUAAUGCUGUAUUAAACAGGUGAUUUAACAACUAUAUACAACGCUGGGUUGGAAAACUCAAUGACUGAACACGAGUGGAAAGAAGAACUCCCUCUCACACAGAUUAGUCAGUUAGAUGUCCAGAGGAGAAUUAAUCCAUUCUUCAAUAUGCCAAAAUUCACAUGUGAAUAUUUGAAGGACAUGUGUGUUUGGUUAUUUCAGAUCAAAGUACAGACUGAAUUUAUGCUCCUUAAACUACAGCAUGACAAAACCAACAGGAGGAUAAAGCAGUCGUCACUUGUACUUGCACCUACUGUCCUAUGAAGAGAACAUGUGUCCUGAGGGGUCCAAUCUCAAGUGGCCAGUUUAUAGAGCAAGAGUGAACUCACUGCAGAUGUGUGUGAGAUCUGAUCACCACGUUUGGAGGUGACCUGGGUCACUUGUGAUUGCAACAGCAGUGUGAACAGACAACGUGUCCUGGCCACAUCGAUGGACCACCUACUCAGCUGACGGCCUCUUGCAUAAGCACAGUUUUGCCUCAUUGAUUUAGAAGAAAAAAAGAAACACACAAAACCACUUCUUUGGCAAAAGCACCUAAAGUGUUGUUAGUAUGGAGAGCCUUUUAAAAUAUUUUGUCCUUGUGGUUAUAAACAUGAAUAGACAAAUUAAAUUACUGAAUAGGAGUUGACUAUCUGGAUUUCCAUCAUAAAAAAAGCCUAACUGCAAACAGCACAGCAGUGAAAUUACUCUGUGGAUGAACACUUCAAUGGUUUGAGUAAUCGGAGGUUUGUGCAGGUCUCUGAAAUAACAAACGUCAUGGCAGGGAUAAAUAAUAUGAAUAAUAACUUGACGUGUGUGCUUUCACUGAGUGAGAAAGACUUUAACAAGCCAUCAAACAGCACAGUAGACGGUUGUGUACGGCCGUAGGACUGUACAUUAGUCUUCUGCUCUUCAGGUGAUGUUUGGAUUUAUUUACAUUCCGAGUGUAAAACUUGGAUCCAGUCCUAACUGGUGGAUCGAGACGCAUUUUAAUUGUAGGUGUGAACAUAAAGCUGGAUACAUUUGAUCUGAUCGUUCAGGACUCAUGUUCAUACUGACCAGGGCCAGAGAUAUAGGAGGGUUAGUUUGGUUACAGACUGUCUAUAAAGUUAGGUUUUAUACACUUUGCCUCUUCUGAUUUUACCAUCUAGAAUACACGCUCCUUUCACUUGGAUGAAAACAAAGUCAAAAUGAUGAUAAAGCACAUUUUGUUGAAGUCACCUUAAGACAUUUCGAUUCAUGUGCACGCUUGAUACAGUAUGCCAACAGUUAGUAUAUGAGGACACUUCAGAGUAACUCCGUUCUAAACGUCCAGAUGAUAAAUCGGGGACGGCAUUGGCUCCUUCAGUGAUGCCCACUGUUGUGUAUGUAUGUGAAUACAUAAAAGAGGUGUGUAUAAACAGUUGUACAGGUUGUCGAUGACCGAGCAGAUGAAAUGCGUUGCUGUUCGUGCUACAACUAAAGCUAACAUGCUAUCCUGCUUGUGAAUUAAGCUCGCAGCACGUCCUCCUCCCAUCUAGCCACAUACCGUAUGCAUCUAGCUACAUACUGUACUUGUCGUAGUGAUAUGCAGAACGUGUAGACAAAGCAAAACGAACACACACACACAUCAAUGCAUGUCUGCGGGGGAGCUGAGAUUGAUUUCUUUCUAGUGGAGACUUGUUUUUUUAAACAGAAUGUUUGAUCUGAAAUUUGUGUGAUCAAUGCACUUGUUUUUUCUCCCCUUCAUUUUUAAAUAUUAAUCAAUAUGAACUAGAAGGAGACUUACAAAGCUGACGUUAUAAACAUACAAAUGAAAUUCUAUGUAUUUGUUCAAGUAGUUGGAGGUGCUCGCCUCUGUAUACAGUUAUACAUAGAAAGCUUUAUGUGUAUAUGGCUGCAUCUUGUCUGUCCUGGAUGAUUCUUGUGCUGUUGUGUUACAAAGCCGAUGUGACACCAGGGGGGAAACUGCAGUAUGUUGACCUUUGACCCCUUCUGCUCUUCGCUGACCCCUUCCUCCCCAUCCCUUUUUUUCUCCCGUGCCACAUCCCACCUCCCCAACUUUUUUGCCCUCAUGGCGUGAAGCAUUGUAAGCGUUUUGAGCUUUGUAAAGGUCUUUUUUUAAAUACUUAUUUUGUGUAUAAUGUAAAACAUACAAGUGUGUACUUUGGCAAAAAAGAAAAAAAAAAGUUUUGUGUCUGAAAUCAUAGCUUCAUUUAAACAAACAAAAAAUUAAAAAAAAAAAAAGUACAACAAACAUUUACUAUAAAUAAUAUGAAAUGUUCUGCAGUAAGGAAGGACUUCUGGUGCCUUACAAAUAAAGUCAAUCAAAUCAUAAAAAAAACAAAAA